AUGUCGCGCAACGCUCGAGUCGAGGAGCUCUCCGACUCCGAUCCCGAUGAGGUCGCCCCCUCCGAUUCCUCUUUCGCCGACAAUGUGAUCAUUGAGCCUGCUGCCGCCCCGCGUCCCGCGCCCGCCAACCCUCCGCCCAUGCCGACUCCGCCCAUGGCCCAGAUGCCGGAGCCCCAGCGCGAAAUCCCCAAACACUUCCAAUGCCUCUACCCCAUCUACUUCGACAAGACCCGCACCCGUGCAGAGGGGCGCAAGGUCGGCAGUGAGCUUGCGGUCGAAAACCCGCUGGCCCGGGACAUCGUCGAUGCAGUCCAGAUGCUGGGACUGCAGGCGGGCUUGGAACCGGAGAAGCUUCAUCCCAAGGACUGGGCCAACCCCGGUCGGGUGCGUGUGCUAUUGAAAAACGAGGACGGAAAGUCCAUGAAUUCAAAAAUCAAGAACAAGCACCACCUCUACAUCCUGAUUGCCCAAUACCUCAAAGCACACCCUACGAACAACCAAUCUCCGUACCGACUACGAAUCCGCGGCCUCCCCAUGCCCGACAAGCUUCCGGACGCGCCCCCUGCCCCACGCGGUUGGAAGAUCGGAAAAAUCCUCCCCAUCCACUCCCCUGCCUACAGCGGAGGAGGUGUCAGCGACAAUCCUUUCAAGGAGGCUAUGGCAGAGAUGCAGAACAUGCAGGGAAUGCCGGGUAUGCCCUCAAUUCCCGGGAUGCCUGGUAUGCCUGGCAUGCCCGGCAUGGGGGGCGAGGCUUCAGGAGCAGGCACUGAAAAGAAGAAGAAGGACAAGAAGAAGGGCAAGGCUUAA